AUGGUGGAGGAGGAUAAGAGCGACUCCAGUGAAGAAUGUGAAAAAUUUCGAAUUGACGUUGUCAUAAAGAAUUUUGAGGCAUCAUCUGAGUACCACAAAGAAGACGUUGAUUUGGCGCAUUUUAUAGGUGCUUAUGAGGAGUUGAAUAAAUUCAUUGGUCUGCUAGGGAGAAUAUUUCACUUCGUGCAAGCAGAUGUCCGCGAGAAAACCAACAAGUUACUCGAUCUCCGUGAAAAGAAUCCGGAUUCUUACCGUAGCGUGAAGUCGAUGGUUACGUUCGAGAACGAGCAACGACACUAUCCUGGGUCGAAAGCGCUUCUUGGCCUACACAGAGCCCUGGAGUUCAUCGCUGCGUUCAUCGCAGCUCUAGCUGAAAGCAGCAAUGAAGAUAGCGUCGCUCAAUAUGUCGCAAAAGCUACGAGGGCACGCUGUCCAGAGAUGCAGCCAAGUUCUGAUGAUUGGAGUACAAGUUGCGUUCGGAGUCUUCCUAUCGGUUCCGUAGCUUUUAGUCCCACAAAUACUGUCACUGCUACAUGUGCAGGAUCUUCUUGCGUUCUGUAUGCAACAUCCGAUGGAAAGCGUAAAGCAGUGCUUGACCACACGGAUGACCUCGUGUCCGUGUUUUUUACUGGGCAAGAUAAGAAGGCAAUAUAUUUGCCUGAGGAAGAACGCUGCGUGGUAGUUACUGACCACGACACUCAUAUUACAGUUGCGAAUGUGACACGAGACAAGUCUCUCUCGAAAAUCGCACAACUCCCUGCUGGGCUUAAUUCCGAACAGAUCGCCGUAACGAGCAGCUAUGUGGCGUAUUGCAGCGGUAAGGAGGUCUUUGUCAUUCCCACUGAUGAAAAUCCUUCGUUCUCUGCAAGCAGUUACCUAUGCAAAACUUAUAUAGAAGGUAUGAAGGCACACUUCAAAUGGUCGUAUUCUCUUGAAAUUUUAUGCGAAGCGUCUUUAGGGUUUGGAGAUCGGAAUGCCGCCAACAUUUUUAUCAGAAUCACAGCGUUAGGUGAUACGAUUGCAGCAACUCUAGGCCAUUGGAAGAGUUUACGUUUGGUCGCACGUUUCGCAAAAAGGAAUACAGGAUUCAGCUUUCUCAGUCCACUGGCACAAGCUUGUGAUCUUUUCGUUCAGGUUGCUCCUAGUAUAGCACUGACACCGUUCGGUGGUUUACUGUCUGCUGGUGCUGAGACAGUACUCUGCAAGUUCACUUUGAGUGGGGCAGGCCGCCCGAACAUGUUGCCUCACCUAGCAGCUCCCGUUCGAGACCUCGCGAUUUCCGACGAUGCCAGUCAUCUUGCUGUCAUACUAGAGGAUAACUCGGUGCACGUGGUGCUAACUUCAAGUAUGACAGUGCUUUCAUCUUUGCAGACUGUAGCCACAUGCAGUCGCUCCUUGAACACCAUUUUCUGCGCUGAUCCUGCUUCACCUGGAAUGCUGGUGAUGAACGGUAAACCUGGCUCGUUGCAAUGGAUAGAUUGUGAAAAAUCGUAUACACGCCAACAGGUUCACUUUUCAUUAGAGAACGUGGCCGAUGGAGACAUGUCGUUCACUGGUAUUACUUCCACUUUUCCGGAUGUCGAGCAAGUGUUUUUCUCAGACUCAGUGGUGGUGACGUUAGAGCGAAUUAUCAAUUUUGAGGAAGAACAUAAAAGGCUUCGUUUCUGGAAAAGGACUAAGGGAAGUGAAAUGGCUGUGCAGGUGUUGGAUUCGUUCGUUGUUUCGAAAGACACUGUUUCAGUAUCUGGAUCCAGGGGCAACUCGGCUGACUAUGAGAAGUUUAGUUUCAGUGCUGCUAUUAGAAAUAUCAUAUUGUCAAUCAUGAGCAGCGGCAAGGUGAACGUAUGGGUUCCUCAUGAAGACGGGGCUCGAUUUAAGUUGGACUGUACUCGACAGCUAGAUAGGCGAUACGCGUUCCAUGCGGGGUCAACAGUGCACAAUGGUAUGUGGGCAUCUGCUCAUCCAGAAGGUGAAAACAACACUGAUGCUGUCAUCGUUUGGGAUACAUCUGAUAUGAGUGAAGUGGAAGCGUUGCGAACAGAUGGUCAAGUUCGUUCUGUUGAAUUUGACGGCAGAGGGCAUUUGGUGUGCGCUACUGACAAAUCUGUCCGAUGCUGGAGGCAUGUGGCGAUGCGAUUUGAAUUCUUGUGGGUGGUUGAACAGCCUCUCCGAGUUCACAUAUCCCUUCUAGGAGCAUUUGCCUGGUCCGAGAAUAAUGUGAUUGAAUUUGACGCGGAGACAGCAGCACUGAAGAGCUCAUUCUCACUGGAAGCUCCAGUAACAGAUCUCGUUGCGACGACCCACGAAGACUUGGGUGUCCUUCUGGUUGCCAACACAGAAAAGGGUUUGUUCUUUGCGCAUUCGAGAGCGUAUGCGAAGAAGACGGAAGAGACGUCCGUUCCAACGACAAAAACGCCAUUCGCACAGCUUGCCCCGGUAGAGGCAUCGUCACAGAGAAGUUUAGGAGCAGCGCCACGACCGGCAGCCAAAGCUGCUGCGAUACGUUUACUUGACGGACCUUGUCAUGCUCUUCCACCUAUAUCACAUAUUGCGCCGCUAUUUAUUUCUCAAUGCCUCGCUCCUCCUCUCCAAGAUUAA